UCCUGCGAGUGGAGGUGUCCGCUCAGUCCGGGAUGCUCCUCCCCUGCAGGCUGCCCAGCUUCAGUGCGCCUUCCCUCUGCCCCCUCUCAGAAGCACAUCCACCUCCAUGGGGACCUGCUGCUGAGCACCGGUCGCUGGUUCUACAGCACCCUUGGUUCGAUGGAUUGGUGUUGAACGGAUUUUUUUAUUUUUAUUUUUUGCCUCUGUCAACUUUUUCCAAAAUUAUUCCUGGAGUUCAUUCGUGGAAUAAUGGCUAGCGUGUCUUUUAUUGUUUUUUUCAGUCUGGAACUUUGCUAUGUUGCUGCUAUCGAGCUGCGCUUCACGUCCGACCCGCCAACGCUGAACGUCCACGGCGUCCACAGGAUGAACAAAUCCGACAACCUGGAGCUCACAUGCAGGGGCCGGCAGUACCUGCGAUGGACCACCCUUCCCACCAGCGCUCGCGUUUCCAUCAUCGACUGUAGCGGAUCGGGACUCUUUUGCACGGAGCUGCGGAUCACCAACGCCACCGUCAAUGAGACGGGACAGUACCGGUGUUCCUACCGUGAUCUCAAAGCCGAAAGCGGCAAGACGUCGGUGGCGGUUCACGUUUUUGUUCACGAUGACAGGGUGCCGUUUGUUCCGUCCGAGAAGGCAUACGAGCCGGUGUUUAUCCGGGAAGGCGAGCGGGUGGUCAUCCCGUGUCGAGGAUCUCUGGAAAACCUCAAUGUGACGCUUCAUACUAAAUAUCCAAACAAAGAGUUCCAUCCCGACGGGAAAGAUGCCACGUGGGACGCCAGGACCGGCUUCACUAUUCCCAGCCAUCUGAUCAGCUACGCCGGCAUCGUGUCCUGCCAGACCCGCAUCGGCGACGAGACGUUCGAGUCCCCCCUCUACGUGGUGGCUGUCGUCGGAUACAAGAUCUAUGACCUCACCCUGACCCCCGCGCAACUCAGGCUGUCCGCCGGGGAGCGACUGGAGCUCAGCUGUACCGCGUACACUGAACUCAACGUGGGCAUCGAGUUCAACUGGACUCACGCCGGCCUGCCUUUGACGUCCGGCAACGGUUCGAGGGCGGCUCACAUGACGCCGCACAAGAAAAAGCUGUGGGACUCGCUGGUGCUGUCCAACAAGCUGGUGGUGGACAAUGUGACGGUGGAGCACACCGGCGAGUACACCUGCACCGCCUCCAGCGGAGCCAUGGAGAAGAGCGCCUCGGCUUUUCUCAAGGUCCACGAGAAGCCGUUCAUCGACAUAAAGGAGCCAUGGACUAAGGUGUGGGAGGUAAAUGUGGGAGGCUUGAUGUCCACUUCCAUACCCGUCAAGUACUCGGCCUACCCAGAACCAGACUUUAAAUGGUUCAAAAACGGCCUCCCCCUGAAGGAGGAGCACCGGAUCAAGCAGAGAAGCGACGCCCUCAUCUUACGCGACGUCGCCGAAACGGACGCGGGGAACUACACCAUCGUCCUCAGCAACAAGAUCACCAAAGACGAGCAGAGGAGAUCUUUCCGGCUUCUGGUCAACGUUCCUCCUCAUAUCAUCGAGAAGGAGGUGGUGGUGGUGGACGCCGACGUGUUCCUGUUCGGCAGCAGCCCCGUCCUGCGAUGCACCGCCCGGGGCUUCCCCACGCCCACGCGCAUCCAAUGGCAGUGGAUGUCCAUGGGCGACUGCCCGCAGGCCUUCGUGCCGGGACUGUCGAAGUCUGAGGCGCAAAUAGUCUCCUGCAAAGCGUGGCGCGACAUCGGCAACGGGACCGCGCACAACCCCGUGGAGCGGAUCUCCACUGAUGUCGAUCACGGCCAGAAGAAAAUGCUGAGCUCCUUGAAGUUCCGGAAAGCCGAGGUCCACGCCCUGUACCGAUGCACGGCUGCCAACAAAGUGGGAAAGGAUUCCCGGGUCAUUUUCUUCCACGUCACUCGCGCCCUGGAGCUGAGCGUGUCGCCGUCCAGCGAGCCCCUGGAGGAGGAGCGCGUGACCCUGCGCUGCAAGGCCGACGGGCUGAUGUACGGCAACCUGGCCUUGUUCCGCCUGACCAACGCGUCCGGGUGGGAGCGGGCUGCGGCCGUGCAGCCGUGCCGCUCGUUGGAGCUGCCGCCGACGCCGCUGCUGCGCCUCGGCGGGUCGAACGGCGGGCACGGCACCAACGUGAGUUUGGAGCUGCUGCUGCCCAACGCUUCCCACCGGGACGAGGGCCUCUACGCCUGCCGGGUGGAAAACAUCAAGACCAAGGAGAGGAGGUGCCUGCUGCGCCUGCUGUCGCUUCGAGGUCUCGAGGCUCCGAGGAUCCUCAACAAUCUCACCGACCAAAAAGUCAACGUGAGCGCCACCGUCACGCUCCUGUGUGACGCCGCCGGCACGCCCGACCCAACCGUGGCGUGGACCAAAAACAACCACACGUUGGUGGAGGGCUCCGGCGUGAUCUUGAGCCGGCGCGGUCACGUGCUGACCAUCCAGCGCGUCAAGAAGGACGACGGCGGCUUGUAUGGCUGCACUGCUUGCAACAGCCGCGGAUGCGACACCUCACAGGCCUUCUUGACUACUGAAGGCGCGGAGGAAAAGACCAACGUGGAGCUGAUCAUUCCCAUCGGAUCUGUGGUCAUCGCCAUGUUUUUCUGGCUCCUGAUCGUCUUCGUCAUCCGCGGGAGAAAGAGAUCCAACGGUGGCGAUCUAAAGACGGGCUACCUCUCCAUGAUCCUGGACUCAGAAGACGUGCCCAUGGACGAGCAGUGUGAGCGGCUCACUUAUGAUGCUAACAAGUGGGAAUUCCCUCGGGACAGGCUGAAGCUCGGCGAUCCGCUGGGACGAGGCGCGUUCGGCCAGGUUGUGGAAGCCGCCGCCUUCGGCAUCGAGAGAAUCGCCACCUGCACCACCGUUGCCGUCAAGAUGCUGAAAGAGGGAGCCACGUCCAGCGAGUACCGAGCUUUGAUGUCGGAACUGAAGAUCCUCAUCCACAUCGGACAUCACCUCAAUGUGGUCAACCUACUGGGAGCCUGCACCAAGCCUGGUGGCCCUCUCAUGGUCAUCGUGGAGUACUGCAAACAUGGAAACCUGUCCAGCUACCUGAAGAGCAAGCGAGGAGAAUACAGUCCAUAUAAGAGAAAGAGAAUGGACAGCCAGAGGUGGACGUCUGCAGAGGAAGACGACGUGACUGAAGGAGAUCUCGGCCUGGGGAAGAUCGCCCAGCUGGACAUCUGCACGGGAACGGCCGACAGAGCUUCAGGCUGCCACCUGAAUCCUCAGGACGAGAGCACAGACGAAGACCACCUGACCAUGGAAGACCUGAUCUGCUACAGUUUCCAGGUGGCCAAAGGCAUGGAGUUCCUGUCCUCUCGCAAGUGCAUCCACAGAGAUCUGGCCGCCAGGAACAUCCUGCUUUCUGAGAACAAUGUGGUGAAGAUCUGUGACUUCGGUCUGGCCAGGGACGUCUACAAGGACCCCGACUACAUCCGUAAGGGAGACGCACGACUCCCUUUGAAGUGGAUGGCUCCGGAGACCAUCUUCGACCGGGUGUACACCACCCAGAGUGAUGUCUGGUCCUUCGGGGUCCUUCUCUGGGAGAUCUUCUCACUGGGAGCGUCGCCCUAUCCCGGCGUCUGCAUCGACGAGACGUUCUGCCGAAGGCUUAAAGAAGGCACCAGGAUGAGACCGCCAGAGUACGCCACCUCGGAGAUAUAUCAGACCAUGUUGGACUGCUGGCUGGACCGCCCCACGGACAGGCCCACCUUCGCCGAGCUGGUAGAGCAUUUGGGCAACCUGCUGCAGGCCAGCGCUCGUCAGGACGGCAAGGACUACAUCCCGCUGACGGCAGGAGGCGACGUGGCGGGAGCUCCGGGUUACGCCACGCCUCAGAGCAGAGACAUCCUGGAAGCUCAGCCGCACUACGACAACGCUCUGUCUCUCGGGCGGGGCGAAAUCUGCAGCCGGAGGCUCAGCGUGAAGACGUUUGACGACGUCCCCGUGGAGCACAGCGGUGUCAUGGAGGGUCACCUGGACUGUUCACCCGAGGAAGCAAAACGUUCGAGUCCACAGCUCCUAACGACGCCCGGCUUGAGGUGUGCACAGGCGAUACCAGACGCCCUCCGUGCCUGUCUGUCAUCGGGACGCCUCCCAUCUCCUCGCUAUCUCACGCCAACUGAGUGAUUGACUCGCAUCGUUCCGCCCUCUUCCUGCCACAAACAACACGACGGAUGACUAAUGAGCGGCUCUGCUGUGACGCAAAGAUGAUGAUGUUAACCUGUCAGUGGGAUGGAGGCAGGCGUGCGAUGGGUGGAGGCGAGCGGCGAUACGCCUCACUGAACAGAGAUUCCGUCUCAGCUUGGAAAGGAAGCCAAACAUCCUAAAACUUGAUUCCCACCGAUAGAAAUCAGGAGCUAUAAAUAGAUGUGGACCACCGCAGUAUUUAGCAUUGGUUAUUUUACAAGGUUCUCGGAUAAUGUGAAAAUUGUUAGACAUCCGGGGCAAUUGGGUUUCCUACUGGCUCUCUCCAGCAGUACAUGUUUGAAAUUCUUAAAAAAUAAUCAUCAUCAUCAUAUAAAUCCACUACAGUACAUGUUUUACUCUUCGUGUUCAGUGCAUUUUUAAUGGACAGUUCAGUUGUAUUUAACUUUUAAAUCCAAUUCAUUUGCAUUUAAUCUCAACAAGAGAUGUUUUUCAACAUUUACUCAGUAUGUGCAAUAGAUUUGAAUUGUCCUCAUUAUAUAAGUAGUAGUUUUUGCAUUUUUAUCUUGUCAGGGGAAAAAUGUUAACCCUUUAGUAGACGAGACAGGACAAGCACUGUGCGAAUAACGAGAGAUACAAUUCAAUAAAAACAUGCAUUCAA